UAUAAGUUACAUUCUUUAUGUUGUGUACGACAGAGUGUACAACUGAGACAGAAAAACUGUUCAAGAUACACAAACAUGCAAUCAGUAACGCUGUCUAUGAAGUUCUGAUGAAACUGGACCAAAAGAAAGAAGACGGCAUGGCAGCAGGAGCUGGGGAUCAAAUCGCUGAGGCUUCAGUGGAGGGGAUCCAACAGCCCCAGAGGGGAUUGAAUCUGCUUGCUGGUCCGCAACAGAGAGUGGACCCUCUCAGGGUGCAGAGGAGUGAUCUGAUGAAAUAUUCCUGUGAACUCACACUGGACACAAACACAGUGAACAGAGAACUCAAACUGUCUGACAACAACAGGAUGGUGACACGGGUGGAGGAGGAUCAGCCAUAUCCUGAUCAUCCAGAGAGGUUUGACUACUGGCCUCAGCUGCUGUGUAGAGAUGGUCUGACUGGUCGCUGUUACUGGGAGGUUGAGAGGACAGGAGGAAGGGUUUCUAUAGCAGUGAGUUACAAAGGAAUCAGCAGGAGAGGAAACAGUGUUGACUAUUGGUUUGGACGUAAUGAUCAGUCCUGGAGACUGUGGUGCUCUGAUGAUGGUUACUCUGUCUGGCACAAUAACAACAGAACCUCCCUCCCUCGCUCUGCCUCUAGAAGAGUAGCAGUGUAUGUGGACUGUCCUGCUGGCUCUCUGUCCUUCUACACAUUGUCCUCUGGAUCACUGAUCCACCUCUACACCUUCAACACCACAUUCACUGAACCUCUUUAUCCUGGGUUUGCGUUUGGGUCAUAUGGUGCCUCAAUAUCUCUGGGCUAGAUUUAUCAAGCCGUGUGCGUCUGUUUCCAGGUUCCCAUGUUCGCAAAGUCUGACUUAACCGAUGAAAUUAAUUAUCUGGUUAAACAAUGAUUGCAAAGAUGGCCGUUCUGGGUUUAAAAUACAUUUUACAUUUAGUUUCCAACAGAAAUUAACUCUCUCAAGAUUUCAACAGAGGAGGAAGAGUACUCUGAUCUUUCACUGAAACUAGUAAUACCACAGUGUAGAAAUACUCUGUUAAGAUCUGUCCUUGAUAAAAAAAUUUUCGCUGACUAACAAUCAUAUGAUCUGGUCGAAUAAUCAAUUAGUUGAUUUAAUGUAUAGGGGUCCCGUACAGGAAACAGGAAACAUCAUUGCCUCUAUCUCUGCCACAGAUUGGGAUUGCCAGCUAACAUAUAAAAUGUUCUUAAUCUGUAGCAAUAGCUAUUGUUAAUAUAUAUAUUUUAAGAACAUAUUAAGAACAUUAGCUAAUGUUUGUAAGCUAAAGGGCUUUUCACACAGGGGGCAACACUUCGUUGUGUGGAUCCACGGGGACUACUGUAUUCUGUGCGCUUUAUAACUUGCAUAUGCACUUUAGUAGAGCGUUCAUGUCCCUUCCAGGGCUGCAGAGACAUCACAUACAACAGAAUACAAAACUUUGGUUAUGUUCAAAUUACAAUUAACAAUUUUGUUUACUUUUAUCUACAGAGAGUAACUUAUCAAUAACCUAUCAUGGCUCUGAAUGGAGUGCCCACACAUGUUCCUUCAUCAUGAAGCUGACCAUGUCCACACACAGUCACAUUUGAAAGAAACUGUUUUAAUGUAUUUCAUCAUGAAUUUAUUUCACGUGUUCAAGCCCUUAAAGGGUAAC